AAUAAUAAAAAGUUUGAUUAAAAUAUUUAAUUUUGAUCUGGUUUGACAUAUUUAGUGAGAUGUUAAUUUGCCAUCUUUAUAACUUCAAUGAAAGAUACACAUUUUCCUAUGCUUAAGCGUCAUGCUAUUUACCUGCUUUUGCUGUAAUUUUGCUUACGCUUAAAUCGAUCUUUUCCCAUUAGAUAUUUUUGUCAGUAUUUUUUUAAAUAAAAAUUGUUAUACAUACAUACAUAUGUAAUACAUACAAUCUUCGAAUCUUGCUGCCAAAACAAAAUGUCUAAAUUAGAUUUGGAAUAUUUAAACUUGUGAAAAUAUAUCAAACAUUUCGUUGCUUUGUUUUCGACUCCCACUCAGUAAGUGAAUCUAUUUCUCCGCUAUCUACCAAAAUUGCAUACCGUCUAAACGAAAUAAAAUAAGUGUUGAAAAUUGAACACGUAAUGAGUUGCUGCCCGCGUCAAUCGGAAUGUUGCUGCUGUUCGUCUUGUUCGCCCUGUUGCAAUUAUAUGGGUGAUUGCUGCAAUAUCCGUCGAAAUCGGUCCUGUCUUGAUUGUUUUCCAACGCGAAUGGUUCCUGAUGUACAAGUUCCUCCCAAAAAAACUAAGUCGAGAUAUUCUUCAAAUAAGCCGUCCAUGACUAAAAAUAAUAAUAGUAAACGUACAUCACAAACUAAAAACGGUAAACGUUUAAGUGUACCUGCCGAGAGUGAACCCAGUAUGGAAUCUAAAAAUCCUAAGCAGACCAAGAACAAGCAAAACUUUCAAUACCAGGACCUCAAAAAGCGUAUGGAGGUAAUUAGUGAGGAAGCGGAACAAGAUUCCGAUGAAGAACCAUUCAGUAGCAAAAAUAUUCAGAAUUCAUGUGCCGACUUUCUCAGUAUUGUACAUGACACGGUAUUGGAAACGGUGCAGAGUUCGGUUGAAUGUAUGAUGCGAAAUUAUUUUGUCCAUACAAUGGAAAAGGUCGACACGCUGUGUUCGCAGAUGAUGAGGAACGAAUGUUUACUAAGCAAAAUGUACUUGGAUAUUUUAGAUAAAAUAUCACAGCAAAGCGAGAAAAGUCUACGACAGUUUAAAUGUUUGUGUCAAUUCAUUGCCGAGACUCAGAGAGAAGUUAGCGAGGAUCGUACACAGAAUCAGAAAUGCAAUUGUCCUAAUUGUACAGCAACGGAAGAAUCUUUUAUAUCGCUGGCUAAGGAAAGGGCUUUAUCGAAAGGACGCCGCCUAUCUGGAAGUGGCAAUAGUAACAUUAACUUCAAUGCGUAUAAGAGUGAGUUAAAUACAAGAAGCUAUCGUGAUUCCGACAACGAGGUAAAACCUAACCCCUCUCUGACGAGCUGUAUAAAUUUAUCACAAUCUAAACCUAAACUACUUGAAAAGCCACCAAGUAAUAUCAGCAGCCUGGGUAAUGAGGCGAUUCGGCGAAAUAUUAGGCGAUUGAGUGAAUCUGGCCACUUUGAGAUAUCUAAUAAUCGCAGAGUACCUGAGCUGCCCAGGGUCGAUGACAAUUUUACAAUGGAACAAUAUGAGAAUCGAAUAGAAGGUGGCAAAUAUGUUAGUGUGAAAACAGGGCCAAGUAUAACAAACAUGUCGGAAGUAAAACUGUAAUGGCAGCUAAUCUAUCUUUUGCCGUGUUUCGUGAUCAAUAAUAUUUAACUGUGCAUUAAAAGUGGCUAACUUGACUAUUUCGAUGAGCUUUGUACGAGUAUGUACAUAUACAGACGAGUAUAUUUAAAUCAUUCUCCAGCUGUUGUCGCAGUGUAAAAGGCACAGACUUCUCCUCCAAUUUGGAUAUCGAUUUACUUGUUGGAGCAGAAGUUUUGGCUUUUUAACUUAUCAUAAUUUUGAUUUUUCCAAAUUUAACGAAAGUUUAAAUCCUCUAAUAUAUUUUAUUCAAAUAUCGAGCCCGAAAUAAAAAAUAUUUAUUUUCUUGGUAAAGUAUACAAAGCCAAAUCGCAAUGAA